AAAUAAGAAUUUAAAUAAAUCACUAUUUUAAAGAUAACAUACAAUUUAAUAGCUGUAAUAGAUCUCUUAUGAAAUUAAAUUUGCUCUGAAAUAUUAAUGGAGAAUUUUGAGUUCAUACUAACCCCACAUGUAUAAAAUAUAAAUUACAUCAAGAGAAGAAAAUGAAAUAUUUAAAUUCAAAACUUUACUCAUUGAAAUGAAAAUUUAACAUGAAAAAAGAAGUAGAAAUAAAUGAAGAACUUGUUCUGCUAUGUAUCUAACUCGAUCCAGUUUAGUAAUCCAUUCAAUAUUAAUUCCUGCUAAUAACAUUCAUCUGAAUAUGUCUUAGAUGUGAAAAUAAUCCAUUAUUCAUUUAUUAAGUUGAAAUCUGCAUUUUUUUCUUCUAAUUGUUAUUAAGGGAAACAAUAAUAUUUGGGAAUGACUAGUGUUUUAGAAAAUGCUAACUAAAUGUAUUUAACUUUUCAAUAACUGUCACAAUCAAAUAAAUUCUUAUAAUUAUUUAUGUAAAAUAAAGGUAGGAAGAGCUUUGUUCUGUUUCCUUAUUUUUUUUUUUUUAAAGGCUGAUUAACAAUGGUAUUACGAAAAUUAUAAAGUAAAUAUAAUUCAACAAAAUAAUUUUACAAAAUGAAAGUUUUCAAUAAUUUUAAAAGCAAUACAAUCACAAAUAUAUAAAUUAUCUAUAUUAAUUAAAUAUUUAUGUUUUAUAUUAGUUCAUUUUUCUCAUACACAGUAACAAAAAGUAAAUAAAUAGUUUCAAUCUUGUUUAAAUCACAAAAAACAAGAAAUAAUAAAAUUCAAAAAUACUAAAAUUAAUUUUGUAAAACUGAUAAUGACUGGAAAUCAUAAUCAAAUAACUAAUAGGUUUUACUAAAAGAUAAAUAUAUAUAUAUAUUUACACAUUAUAUUAAUUACUUACUAUUUAACUUGUAUAUUAAUAACUAAUGACAAACAGUGGAAAAAAAUAAUUUACUUUUAGUCGCUAGUUAUCUUGAGAAAGUAAGUAUUGUCUAGGUCAAAUUAGGAUUUUGGAUAAUACUAAAACCCAACAGCUCUUUUUUUUUUUGUGUAUUUAUCAUUAUUACUUUUUUAUUUAUUUGGAAACAAUAGGAAUCAGAAAAUGCAACUUGGUUUUAUAUUACAUAAAUUAAAAUUUAUUUCUUAAGUAAUGUUCAAACAUAUAAAACAAGAUAUGUUGCUAUAUACUUUAAUACAUGCUGCUUAUUACAUGGAUAAUUUUUCAAUAUACAAUCAAUCACUUCAUGAUUACUAUGGGCAAUUAUACUGUUGGGCUGUUAUGAUUUAGCAUAAUAUAUAAUUACAGUAGUAAAUGCGACAACCAUCCAUGUUACCAAUUUAUGUGAAUUUUAAUUUCUGCUUAAAUGAAAUAACCAAUUCUUUUUCAUCUUCAUCAGUCUCUCUAGGCAAGGUAUCCCCUGAGCUCUACCAACAAGCCUUUUUUUUUUUUUUUAUCUUUUUAACAUUUCUUUUUCUCUCUCUUAAUAGAGCUAUCACUUUAACAUAUACAGUUUUAAGUUACAGUUACUGGUUCAUCAGUUAAGAAAAAAUCUAAACAGAAUUUUUUUUUUCUAAUUCAGCACCCAUUGACACCCUAACAAAUACGACAGGAUAUUACAAAGUUUACUCGAUUUUCAGGUACAUUGGGAACCAUGACAAUACAUGACUUCUGGGAGUUUAAAUUGAAAUGAAGUCAAAUUUUUUUUUAACUGAGGACAGAAUAAACUUUAGGAACAGACAAUGUACAGAAAAUAUUAAUCUAGAGUUGUUGUGAUUAUAAUUUGUUAGUAUUCUACAAACAAAAAACAACUAAUAGACGACACUUAAGGCAUCAUUACUUGGAAAUGCCUUUCUUUUUUUUUUUGUUUUUAUUGAAGUCUUGGAAUUCAUAGCUUUUGGACUUGAUAAAAAACAAAAAUUAUUAACUAAUUUAAAAUACAUGUCUAGACACUUCGGUACUUCGACACUAAAUUAAACAAUUGAAAUUAUACAGAACUAAUAACAUUAAUUAGAGUGAUAACAUUAUUAUCAAUCAAUCAAUUAUAUAUAAUUAAAAAAAAAUUUAAACAAACAUAAUCCCAACAUUUCAUUUCUGUAAACAGUAAUCAAAUUAUGAUUUCUACAUUUGUUUCACUUGUUUAUAUUUCUUCCUUUAUACAAUUUAUCUACUGAUAGUACACAGCAAGUAUACUCAAACUGUUCACAGAAAAGAACUGUUAGUAACUUGUUAUACUGGAAUAAAUAUCUAAAUUUUCUUCUCCAAUCAUCUAUGGGAGAUAGGAUGACGAAGAAUGUAAAAAAUGAGGUAAUAUAUUUCAGAAUAAUAGAAGAUAACAUAGUCUAACUUCUGUAAUAUAACUUAUUGUUCCUCUGCAUGGACUGUAUAAAACGACUAAACAUUUAACAAUACUUACAGUGUAAAAAAAUAUUUACAUCUGUUUAGGAAAAGGAGGAAUUUAAACAUGGACUGACAGAAUACAUUACUAUUUCAAAUCAUAACUAUAAAUCAAUAGCUAAAUUAACUUCUUUCUACGGCAAUAUAAAUAAAUUUUGUUUUACUAUACAUUUAAGUGAAAUAAGGGCAGAAUAGAUAAUGGCCAAAAAAAAUUCAUACUGCUUAAUGAUAUUCGAUGUAUUAAACAAAUAUGAAUGCUGUUGGGUAUAGAUGACUUCCGACGAUAGGUAGCAUUCUAAAUAAAAUUUUAGGACUGGUAAUAGAAAAAUUUCAUGCCAGAGAGGAAACAGUACCAACAGGCAUGGUGACAGAAUUAGAUGUUGGUGGGGAAGUAUUCACUCCAUGACCUUUAAGAACUGGGAAGAAGUAAGGAUGCUCCAUAGCUGCACGAGCUGUAAGCCUAGCACUGUGAUCGUAACGGAGUAAUUUAUCCAAGAAGUCCAAUGCCUCAGGUGAAACAAGAUGCUGAUUUUCACUAUGUACGAAACGCUCCCAUCGUUUACGGGAGUGCCUUCCUAGUAUAUCUGAAAAUCUUGGGUCCAAUUCAAUGUGAUACUUAUCCAAAUAUUCAAAAAGUUCUUCAGUCCCAAGCACUUUGGCAAUUCUUACAAGCUGAUCGUAAUUGUCAUGACCAUGAAAGAAAGGUUCCUUCCGGAAAAUCAUACUUGCAAGCAUACAGCCAAGUGACCACAUGUCAAGAGAAUAGUCAUACAUUUGAUAAUCUACAAGAAGCUCUGGACCUUUAAAGUAUCGUGAAGCAACUCUCACAUUAUAUUCUUGUCCAGGGUGGUAAAACUCUGCCAGACCCCAAUCAAUCAGUCGCAGUUUCAUAUUGUCAUGAUCAAUCAUAACAUUAUGAGGUUUAACAUCUCUGUGCAUAAUGCCCAUACUGUGACAGUAAUCCAAUGCCUUCAGAAGCUCGUAUAAAUAAUAUCUUAUGUCAUAAUCUGUAAGAGUCUGAUAUAAUUGUUUAAAAUCUGUAUUAUUAACAUAUUCAAAAAUAAGAGCUGGAGUACGGGAGACCGGGUCUUUUACAACUCCUAACAAAGUUAUAAUAUUCUUACCACCCCUUAAAUUUUCUAGAAUCUUUAUUUCUCGUUUAAUCUUCUUUUUCUUGACGGGUUUUAACAUCUUUACAACACACUUUUCAUUAUUGGUAAUAUUGAUUGCUUCAAAAACUUCACUGUAUUUACCUCGUCCAAGUUUCCUAACUAACUGAUAAUCAUCUUGAUUUCCCCAAUCAACAACAUACGACUCAUAGUCCCAAUACUCCUUAGGUUUGUGAGAAUUAACAUCAGUAUAAAUCUGAGCUUUACUCGGCAAUGCCAUAUCUACAGAGUAUAAUUUUAUAUUGCUUAAAGAACAAGUUCUUUUUUUCCAAUCAUGAGCCUUUGCACCACCUGUGAACAAAUAACAGAGGACAGAUCUGUAAGUCCACAACAGAGAAACAUUAAGUUGCACAAGUUUAAAUACGCUUCUUUUCUUCCUUCACAUAAAAUAUCAAUACAAUCCCGCUAAGAUGAGUACGAACAUGGUUUCAAAUAAACGAAAUCAUACACUAAACACAAAUAAUAAGUUAGACCGAACUAAAAAAGUUUUUAUUAUCGUGGCCGAUGCACACUCCUCUCUCUCAAGGAUGAUCGAGGGGGAAGGAGGUGGUAGGGCGAGCACGAUCUACCGGCGCAAGGAGGAGACAGGGCGCCAGUAGAGUGAGCUCCUGCCGGCAGCUGAGCCCCUACUCCCCGAGGUCGUAAAUUAAACGCCUGUCAGUCGAGUGAUGGACGAGGACUGACAGCCUGGACGGACCCUUGACCCGUCUGUCGGUCGUCACCUUACGAAAAAUACGGACAUUGGAAACAGCGAGCCGACAGGAGCGCAGCGUCCUAAAGGAGCUCACUACGAGCUCGUUCUCAAGGGAACGGUUGCUCAGUAGGGCGCAGCACAUAACACAACACUGCCUCCUGUCAUCGUGGUUGAGUUACAGGGCACCUACCGUUUGCUUGUAUCCAACAAAUUAACGGCUCCAAAUAUGACUGUACCCCUGUUUACGAUACAAUUGAAGCAGAGAAUGCUCCCAGGUAGAGUAACAAUGGGAAAAUUUGAUGGAUCUCAUUCCUGUAUAACCGCUGCAACUACUGGUGAUAAGGUGUUCGUUCAUAGCCCACAUUUAAAGGAAAGAGAGCUUUCAAUGCUCAAUGUGAAUCAAUCAGUGACAUCCAUUUGUGCAGGAAAGUUGAACCCUAAUGAGGAAAAAGAUAUUUUAGUAAUUGGGACAAAGACCACUGUUUUGGCAUAUCAUGUAGAAAACAAUACAGAUCUUUUCUACAAAGAGGUUCCUGAUGGUGCCAACUCUAUCUGCAUAGGGAAAAUUGGCAAUAUAAACACCCCCUUAGCCAUAAUUGGAGGAAACUGUUCCAUUCAAGGUUUUGAUUGGCAAGGCAAUGAUCCUUAUUGGACUGUCACUGGAGACAAUGUAAGAUCUAUUUCAUUGUUGGAUUUAGAUCAAGAUGGUGACAAUGAGCUGAUUGUAGGUUCUGAUGACUUUGAAUUGAGAGUUUUUAAGCAAGAUGCUUUAAUUCACGAAGUCACAGAAACUGAAGCAAUUACUUGUUUAGUACCUCUCAGAGAUCACAAGUUUGCUUACUGUUUAUCAAACGGAACUGUUGGUGUCUAUGAUAAAUAUACUAGAGUAUGGAGGGUGAAGUCGAAGAAUGCUCCUGUAUGCCUUUCUAGCUAUGAUAUAAAUGGAGAUGGCAUCCCUGAGCUCAUUAUAGGAUGGUCUAAUGGCAAAGUGGAUGCAAGAAACAUCAGAACUGGUGAAGUUGUCUUUCAUGACAUUCUCUCUCAUGGUAUUGCAGGCAUUGUGAUAGGAGAUUAUACAAUGAGUGGAAAACCGCAACUUAUUGUAUGUUCUACCCAUGGCGAAAUACGAGGUUAUGAUCAGACAAGCAUUACAAAAAAUAUAGUGCAACAUGGUGAUUUAGUAAGAGAACUUCUGUCUAAGAAGCAAACUCUUCUAACUGAAUUAAAAAAUUAUGCUGGAGACCCAUCUGGGACAGGAAUACCAGCCAAUACUAGACUUCUAGCAGAAAUAAACGUAAGCACUGGCUCCAAACAACUGCAGAGUGGCCAUGUUCUUGUGUCAUUGUCGACCAAUAAUCUGAUGGUCAUAAGGGCAGCUGCCAUCUUUGCAGAAGGAAUAUUUGAAGGUGAAACUCUAGUUAUACAUCCCAAGCCAGAACAAGUUUCUUCGCAAUUAGAAAUACCUCUCAUUAUACCAAAGGAUACACCCCUGGAUAUUCAUAUUAAGUUAGAAACAUGGCAGAAUCAGAACUUUUUGGUCGGGUCCAAUUCAGAAGAAAGAGGAGGAGAAGGACCUAGCAGUGCGGAUUGGAGUGUUUCUUUGACCUGCUUAAGAGACAACUCUUCAUUACAAAUGAAAGUCGAAUCAGGUAUUAUGACUAUUGCAACUCCUCACAUGUCAAUUGCAGCAGAUAUAGUGCAGUCUAUUGCUCAAACUUUCAACAUGGAUGUUGUACAAUCAUUUGCAGAGUUCCCCUUUGUGUAUGAACAAUUACGAGAAACAUUCGUACAUAUUGAAGAAUUGCAACAAAAUGCAUCUAAAAUGUCUGCUACAAUUGCAGAUACUUCCAACCUUAUCAGGGCGCUAAUAGUACAAAUUGGUAAAAUAAAAGGAGAAAUUGCUGGAUUAUGCAGAAAUGCUUUAGCUAGCAACAAUGUAAAUGCUUUGAUUCGGAUCAUAAAAACUGGAGAAGCCUAAUAAUUACUUUGCAUUAUAUAUGAUAGUUUACAAUUUUUAACAUAGGUUUAUUAUGUAUAUAUUUGUUUUGUUUUUUCAAAAGGAUAUUUUUCUCAAUUUAUUUAUUGUUAUAAAUAUUGAAAUAAAACUUGUUUUUUCUAUUUUUA